ACAAAACAAUUAACAGAAAAUUACACUUUACCUCCACAAACCAUUCACUGAUGGAGGGUUUAGAGGCACCAACUUGGGCAGCCUACGCAGUUGCAUGGCUAGUAGUUCUAGCCAUAGUACUCCUUACUAACCACAUUACCCGUCAAAAACUUAAGCUACCACCAGGCCCGAAACCAUGGCCCGUUAUCGGGAAUUUCAAUCUUAUAGGGUCCCUUCCCCAUUGCUCCCUCCAUGAGCUCUCUAAGAAAUAUGGGGAUAUUAUGAUGCUCCAAUUUGGGUCAGCCUCGGUGUUAGUAGGGUCAUCAGUUGAAAUGGCAAAAACUUUCCUUAGAAUACAUGAUGAAGCCUUUGCCGGAAGGCCUCAAAAUGCUGCAGGAAAGUACACAGCCUAUAACUACUCCGAUAUAACAUGGUCUCAAUAUGAUCCAUACUGGCGCCAAGCACGAAAAAUGUGCUCGAUGGAGCUUUUUAGCAUCAAGAGGCUAGAUUCAUACGAGUACAUACGUGUAGAAGAGCUUAAAGCCAUGUUAAGAGGCAUAUAUAACACUAAGGGUGAGCCCAUAGUGUUAAAAGAUCACCUCUUUGCUAUGAACCUACAUGUGAUUAGUAGGAUGGUGUUGGGGAAAAAAUACUUGGAAAAAAGUAAUGAAGAGACAUCAAUGGUAACACUUAAAGAAUUUAAAAUGAUGCUUGAUGAAUUGUUCUUGCUAAAUGGGGUGUUUAAUAUUGGGGAUUGGAUCCCCUUGUUUAAGUACAUUGAUGUAUAUGGUUAUGUGAAAAGAAUGAAGAUUUCGGCGAAGAAACUUGAUAGGUUUAUGGAGCAUGUGUUGGAUGAACAUAAUGCUAGAAGGGAAAAAGAAAAGGAGAAUUGGGAGCCUAAAGAUAUGGUGGAUGUAUUGUUACAACUUGCAGAUGAUCCUAAUAAUGAAGUUAAGCUUGGAAGAGUUGGAGUCAAGGCAUUUUGCCAGGACUUAAUCGCGGGAGGUGCAGAAAGUUCAACAAUAACAGUGGAAUGGGCAAUUGCUGAACUUAUAAGAAGACCAGACAUCGUUGAAAAGGCAACCGAAGAAUUGGAUCGCGUGAUAGGAAAGAAAAGAUGGGUUCAAGAGAAAGACCUACAAACCUUACCUUACAUUCGAGCAAUAGUAAAAGAAACAAUGAGAUUGCAUCCAGUGGCACCUUUGCUCGUUCCUCGCUUAGCUAGGGAACAAGUUAUUAUUAGAGGCUAUGAUAUCCCUAAAGAUACCAUUGUGUUUGUAAACACUUUCUCCAUACAAAGAGACCCUAAGCUUUAUGAAAGGCCCAACGAGUUUUGGCCCGAUAGAUUCUUAGGAAACGAUAUUGAUGUCAAAGGUCAUGAUUUCGAGUUGUUACCUUUCGGGUCGGGAAGAAGGAUGUGCCCGGGAUAUAACCUUGGCCUUAAAGUUAUUGAAUCAAGUUUGGCUAAUCUUCUUCAUGGUUUUGCAUGGAAAUUGCCUGAGGAUAUGAAGGCUCAAUAUUUGGCUAUGGAAGAGAUUUAUGGUGCUUCAGAACCUAAGAAGAUUCCUGCUUGUACCGACCCUCGACUUCCUCACCAUAUGUAUCAGUCAUCAUCUUAAGUUUCAGCAUAAACGAACUUGACAUUUCAACUUGGUUUAUGGGGUAAUAAUCUUCUUUUUAUUAGCCUAUGUAUGUAAGUUACAUGUGAUAUUAGAAUAAUAUUCAAGUUAAUUAUUAGUUGAAUUACCUAAUGAUGGAAAAUAUAUGUAUGAAAACUUUCAAGGAGCAUGGAAUAAUGAUUUCAUUAAAUUAAAAUAUGUUUGUUUAGACCCAAACUGUGGUGAUAUGU